AUUCUUUUUCAUUUUUUUUUCUGGGUGCGGUUAUGAAAACAAAUGAACUUUAGAAGGCUUUUUCGAAUUUUGUAUGUCAUUAAAUUGAGUCUAGCCUACUCCAUCUGCAACAGGAAGAGUUUCCUUCAUCUCUACAGCAGGCAACAAGUCUACUGAGUCUGCUCUACCGAACGUCAUUGGAUGUAUUAUCGAGCAUACUGGCGACACCACCUUUGCCUUUCAGAAUAGUGCCCGUGGAAGCUGCAGCCAGUGGAAAAGGUGUGCUCAGAGUAUUUUCGAAGGGGAUAACGAAGACUAGUUAAAAUCCUAAGGUGAGAUAUCCGACGGGGGUGCCCGGUCAGUCAACUCAACAGCCAUUUGUUGCCUGUCCAUUUAAGUCUACAAUCCUAUAUGGCAACAAUUGUCAUGGAGAGAAUUGGCCGUCUUUUUAUCAGCAUUCAACAGGUCAGGCAGGUGCCUGAGAUGCUCAGUACAGCUGCACCCUCCAUGCCAGCCACCCUGAGGGACAGUGAGGUUCCCUGCUUCUUCAGAGAGCGCUACAUCUAUUCUGGCUACCGACCUCUUCAUCAAGGCUGGCGCUACUACUUCUUUUCCCUCUUCCAGUGGCACAACGAGACAGUCAACGUGUGGACUCACCUGCUGGGGGCACUGUUGAUCCUGGUCAAGUGGGCCCAGCUGGCUGAGACUGUGGACUUUGUCAGGGACCCCCAUGCUUGGCCUCUCCUCAUCCUCCUUCAGUCCUCUCUGUCCUACACCCUAAGCAGUGCUGUGGCCCACCUACUGGCAGGCAAGUCUGAGCUUAGUCACUACAUGUUUUUCUACCUGGACUAUGUGGGAGUGGCCCAGUACCAGUACGGCAGUGCUGUGGUGCACUUUUACUAUGCUGUAGAGGAGGACUGGCAUGGCUGUGUACAGGGAUUCUUCAUGCCUACUGCCUGCCUUCUCUGCUGCCUCUCAUGCCUUGGCUGCUGCUAUGGGAAAUACCGCAACCACAGCCUCCCACCCUGGGUCCGCAAGGUGAGCCAGGUGAUACCAUCUUCAGUGGCCUAUAUGUGGGACACCAGCCCAGUGUUUCAUCGCCUCCUCUUCUGGCCCACAGCCAAUGGCUUCAAAGAUUCUUCUCUGAUCUUCCACUUCGGUCAAGUUGCCUUCUUCCUCUCCAGCGCUUUCUUCUUCACCCAACCACUGCCUGAGCGCUGGUUUCCAGGACACUGUGACUUUUUGGGACAGGGCCACCAGUUGUUCCAUGUGUUUCUUCUCCUCUGCACCUUGUGCCAGAUCCAGGCUUCCUACCUUGACUACGUGGCCCGCCGUACACUGUAUGUGCACCUGCACAGAGCUGGUGAGGCUGCCUUUUUUGUAGCGUUGUAUGUAGCAACCUUAGUAUCGUGUGCCUUCAUAGCUGCAUUCAUGUUCAGGAAGGUUAGACAGCUGCUGAAUGAUUGUGCCAAAUCCAAAUAAAGGAUAAAGGAUACAUUUAUGUACAUAAAGUACACUUUGCCCUGCUGGAUUCUGCUAAACUUUAACCUACAACGAAAUGUCUGUCUAUCUCUACACAGUUGUCAACUUUGAACUAAGGGAUUUGGUAAUGAAUCUUGCGAUUAUUGUAAUCAAAUGUGUGUCAAUUUAGGACAUGAACCUAAUAUUUAGUGUUUAAGACUGAGUAUGGAGUGUAUUCAUGACUGCUAAAAGGGUGAUUGUGAUUUUAAAGUGGAGUUUCCACAACUAUGGGAGAAGGUGUAUGUAAGCUUAAGGGACAGAAAAAAUCAUUCUGGAAAGGGAGCUAAUUGUGUGUUAGACAACAGCUGCAGUAUUACAAACUUUACCAACCUAAAGUUACUUUACCCAUGACCCUUACACACAUUUUAUAUACAUGUAUAUCGUGUCAGUAUAGCCACUGUAUUAAUGCUGGAGUACCUUCUUUUGUGCCUUUUGAGAUAUUUACAUUUGAGAAAGCCGAUCAUCUAACAACAUUGCAUUUAAGAGGACGAAUGACUCUUAUUUAGUGCCUUUAUUUUUUAAUGUAGGCUGCUCUUUGUGCACUGUAUCACUUUUAUGUCAACGCAUUAGACUAUGAUAUACUGUAUGUUUGCGUCAAUACUGUAAGCCAGUUCACCUGCCUAUGUAUUGUUGUUAUCUACCAUGGGUGUUUUUUUAUAGAGUUUGUAAUGGAUGUAUUUGUCUCUGCAGAACGAGUUUACACAAUUAAUAUUGAGAAAAAAUAUGUAAUUCCAUUGUUUUUUGAUUCUGGAUAAACUUGUGUAUGCUGAUCUACGAAUAUGCUAACUUUUAUAUAAUAUGUUCACAGGUUUUAAAAAAAACGUGUUAAAGUAUUUUGGUACUUGGGAAAAUUGAUGCUUGGACAACUGUUGUGUUUCUACUUAACCCUGGGUUAGUAAGGCCAGAGCCGUCUAUUGAGCUUUUCCUGAUUCUCCUUCUCUUAUUUGCCUGCUUUUGCACAGUGCUCUGACGUAUGCCACAGUAGAGACAGAUUCUGAUUGGCUCUUGGUUGGAGGUCUCCAUGGUGACCUCUAAUUAAACAUCAGUUCUGCCAGGGGGA